CAUUAAGACUUUGCUUUUCGAGAGGAACUUUAGCAGAUGUAUUGCAUUCAUGUUUCAACCCCAAUCUUUCAUGUACAUACGUUCUUUUGAAGUUUUGUCCCAUGCAUGGGUCUUCAGCGUACUUUAUCAUCAUCGGGCUCGUUCCAAGCCGUUCUUGUAAAGUCUUCUUCAUGACUGUCUUUGGCUUUGGCCCCAUUCUGUCAAAGACGGCGGGUCUUGAUCUUGCCCCCCAAUCCAAUCAAAGACGGAAUACUUCGGCUUAGAAGUCACUUCGUCCUCUUUAUCAUUAGGCCUCUUCUUCUUCCGCUCUUUACUCCAGUAGUCCAGCCGCUUCGAUGUUCUAAAUAUUUAAUUCUCCGUCUCUUCGAUCUUCGAUUUUACACCAGACUCUCAUUCUCCUUCUCAAUUAAUAUGAAAACCCCACUCAUCGUAAUAGGCUAUUUAUAUGCAGCGGCAGCAGUGGUAAGUCUGAUUUCUAAUAAUCUCUUCUCUCUCGCACUAGACUGGUUAAAGAAGUUAAGAAGCAACUCUCAAGAUCCUUCAGAAAGAUUUAAAGAGGUUUGGAUCUGCUGCAAAAGGAGGUAUGCAAUUUAUGCAUCUAAUAAUCUAUGAACGGUUUAAUACUCCGUAUGUGACCUUCUCCUUGAGCUUGUCUAUCCUAAGCCUAAUUGGUAUAAGCCUGGACAUUGGACAAUCUGGUUUGAUCAUAACUUCAUAAGCUUCUCUUUUCUUGUCUUUUGAUCUGCACUAGGAAAUUUAAAUUUUGAAAACUAGAUUAAUUUAUCCUCUAAAUUUGUUAAUAUCUUUUGAAAUUAAUAGUUAUUAAAUUUGUUGAUAUUUUUUGUGCUACUGCGUUAAUAUCAGAUAGUGUAUUGGGAUCUCUUAGUACUCAUUUUAUUAUAUUUUUAAAUUUUACCAGACUAGUUAUUGUUUAAUUUUCUUUGUUUUGUAUGAGCUUGUGCAUUGAUUUGAUAUGAUUUGAUUUAUUUCAUAUAGAUUAUGAAAUUUAUUCUUUUUUCUUGUAUAGAUGGAUCCCCUCAAUGUGUCUGAUUCAAUCCUAGAAACACAAGAUGCAUCUAGCCCCGCAAACCCCACACCCACAGAGAAUCAAAACCCCUCCCCUAUUCAAGUUUCUGGUGUUAAAGCAGAAAAUGGGAGUGCUGGGAAAAAGAAAUCAUAUCUUUGGAGUCAUUUUACUCUCAUUCCGGGGAGGGAUCCAAAAGACCCUAUGUGCUCUUGUAACUAUUGUGGGGCACAAUACAAGUGUCAUAGUAGGAAGCACGGAACUAGUAGUAUGAAAGUUCAUUUUGAGCAUCAAUGUAAAAAAAAAUCCACACAAAGUCCAGGAUAAGAAACAGAAUUGUUUGAGCUUUAACACAUCUGGAAAUGGUAAUUGGCAGAUCCUAUUGAAGAUCCAUCAAUUGAUAAUUUUGAUAUAUUGUCAUGGUGGAAGUUCAACUCUUCCAAGUAUGCUGUACUUUCUCAAAUUGCAAAAGAUGUUCUUGCCAUUCCUGUGUCAACUGUGGCUUCCGAGUCUGCGUUUAGCACUGGCGGUCGACUCUUGGAUCCAUUUAGGAGUUCAUUGAGUCCUAAGACAGUGCAAGAGUUGAUAUGCACUCAGAAUUGGCUUCGAGGCUCUCUUCUUCCAGAAAACAUAGACAUGGAGAAGAUGGAGGAGUAUGCUAUUGCAGAUUUAGGUGAAACUUCUACUGGCAAUGGUGAUGCAUUUUCUGGACAUUUUGGAGCUUUGGAUUGAUUGAUCAAGAUCUGGAUGUUGUUUGGUCUUACUUUUGUAAUCUGCAUAAUACUUAUAAUUCUGAAUUCAAGAAAUGCUUUUUGCUCUUGCUGUGAUUCAGUGUUGCUACUUGCUAGUUUUUGCCUUUUUUCCAAGUCUCAAUGAACUUCAUUAGUUUUUUUGUCAUGAGACAAUGUAAAGCUUUAAGAUUCUGCUGCAAUUUGCCGCAGUCAACUUUUAUAUUAAUGAAUCAUCAUUCUAUAUUA